UUCGUGUUUCGAUACAUCUUGCCCUUCCUGCUCUCCGAUAAUAACAGCGAUGGCGGCUGCUGCACGGGUCUUUAUCCGAGGUGCCCACGCAACCCUUUCCGUCCCCGGCGCCGGGAAGCAAAGCUCCGCUGGAAGCGCUUUGCUGAAGCUGUCGCCGGGCUGCAGCUCCCGUCUAAAAACCCAACGAAGGCAUGCGGCUCACUUCACUUUCCAGCCCGAACCCGUAACGACCCAGUAUGGUCCCACACAGAAGAUGAACUUGUUCCAGUCCAUCACAAGUGCCUUGGACAACACGCUUGCUAGUGACCCGACAGCAGGUAGGACUUACACUUAACCUGUUAAAACCCCUU